GAGAGAGAGAGAGAGAGAGAGAGAGAGGAAAAAGGGGGAGGAGAGUGAAAAAGAGAAGAGACAGGCAAAGGAAAGAAGAGACACAGUUACAAAACCAGGGAAUUUUGCCGGUGAGUGAAAAGUUUCUGCUGGUUCCUGAGGGUUCAGAGCUCCAGCAAACACUCCAGCAUCGGGGAUCAUUUCUAACUGAAGAAGACAACAGGAUGAGUGUGUGACACACUCAGUGAGCCAUCUGUCUGUCCGGCUGUCUCUCUGUAAGUCCAUCAUUCCUCCAUCCUCUGCCUCAGUAUGAAGCUGAACCUCACACUCUUCCAAGACACCCUGAGAGAGAGAGAAAGAGAGCGACAGCACUAAGAGUCCACGAGAGGAGAAGGUGUGUAACACUGGAGCUCAAGGACAAACCAUGGACUCUGCAGAGCAACCACCACACCUGGGCGUGCAGUAUAUCAGGAGUGUAACUACAGGGUGAGACCCAGCAUCCUCAGGUCCACAAUGUUCCUUGCUAGUCUUCUAGUUCUGAUGACUGUGCUGCUACCUCCAGCCUUGCCAGGUCACCAGGGGUAUUACAGUCACUCUUAUGGUAACCCGGGAAUCUCUAUAGAGCCCAGUUUGGCCCAGACCAUCCAGAACCUUCUCUUGACCCGACUGGGCCUACAGUCCUAUCCAGACCCCCACCCAGGAGCAGUGGUACCUCAGUAUCUCCUGGACCUCUAUCGCUUCCAUGCACAGCAGUACCAUCUGGUAAAAGAUCCAGACUUCAGCUUUCCUGUGGAACAUGUUCAAGGUGCCAACACAGUCCGCAGCUUCCACCAUGCAGACCUUCACGACCCUGUUGAGAAGAAUGACAGGAUCCAUAUAGCUUUUAACCUGUCCUCUAUUCCUCCCUAUGAGAAUGUGGUCUCAGCAGAGCUGCGUUUUUUGCGUGGAGGAACACAGCAGACUUCAGAGCCUCGCACCAUCAGCCUGUAUGUCUCCAGUGGCAACACUGAGCCUGAACUUCUCCAUUCACGACAGCUAGUUAGAGAACCAUCAGUAUCUUGGGAGGCCUUUCCUCUAAAUGCAAAACUGUUUCAGCAGUUGUCCGAUAGUGAGAGAAAAGUGACCUUUAUCCUGGAAGUGACCUCAGAUAAUAGCAGUCACCCUGUGGAGGGCAUGGACUCAGAGGGACACUUGAGAGUGCGCAGGUCGGCAGGUGAAGAUGAUUACAGUUGGGCACGGCAGAGACCACUACUGGUCACUUACAGCCAUGAUGGGCGCAGCGAACCACUCAUUCCAUUUGGAAGGAAGAAGAAGACCCCCAGGGGUAAGAGGGGAGGAAACAGGGCUAAUAAACACAGAGGUCAGGGGUCACAGAUAAGCUGGCACGACGUGUGGACAGACAGACGGGUAAAGAGGAAUAAUGGUGGUCGAGCAGCCAAGCUGAAACGCCUGUCUCGCUCUAGAUGCCGCCGCCAUCCUCUCUACGUGGACUUCAAAGAUGUCGGGUGGAACAAAUGGAUCAUAGCACCGACUGGUUACGAUGCCUUCUUCUGCCUGGGUGAGUGCCGCUUUCCCCUCGCUGACCACAUGAACUCGUCUAGCCAUGCCAUGGUGCAGACACUGCUGAACUCGGUUAAUGGAGCUGUGCCUCGAGCCUGCUGUGUACCAACGGCCCUCAGUCCGAUCGCACUCCUUUAUCUGGACCAGGAAGAUCACGUGAUACUGAAAAACUAUCAGGAUAUGGUAGUGGAGGGCUGCGGCUGCCGGUAACAAGGGACAGAAAUAAGGGCAAAAAGCAUGAAAACAUGGAAGCGCAAGCAGAUGAAAUUCCCCACAAACCUCCAGAUCCAAGCUUUUUCAAAGGCACCAUUAAGUUCCUGUCCUGUGGCGGUGCAUUGAUUUGUUCAUAAAGCAGCGCGAACCUGAUUUAUUCCUUAAAUCCAGUUUUAGAUUCUCAGGGCUAAGAAAACGUGUCUGUGUGUUUGCAUUGGGUUCGUUUUAUUAAGCUGUAGCUAAUCACUGAUCACAUCGCUAAUCAGUGUGUUGGGGACAUCAAUAAACGAGCAGAAUAUUUACUCCGUCCACCAUCAGUACACAAUAGUGUUGCCUCCUGUUUGGGUUUUGUGGUAUCUGUGUUUGUGUCACAUAAUCUGCUCCUUCUGAAGAACGAACUCGUACUCGGUUACAUCACGUGCUUUACAAAUCUGAACUGAGCUGCUUAUCUGAACAAAGUCUAUGUCUCUGUGUCUCUGUGUCUCUGUGUCCCUGUGUGUGGUUCUGCUCACGACUCGUCCAGCGUCCCAUCUCUGCUGUAAACACCACUGCAGUUCUGUUCGUCUCUUCCCUUGUCCAUGUUGUUGUGUACUUCCUGUUUCACACCUUCUUCUUCCUCUCAGUAGCAUCAAGUCACUUCAUUGGAAACGUAGCUCCUGGAUAAAAGACAUUAGACUCUCGUUCAGCUUGAAGUCACAAGUUCACUAUUCAAUAAUAAUCUUCUAGUGGAUGUGGAUUUACAGAAAAGACUGAAACAGCAGCACUUCUCUUCUCUUUAGAAAGUAUUUUAGCAUCUCUGACAGUAGACAAGCUCUUAUUGAAGGAAUGUAUCUGUUAUUAUUAUUAUUAUUAUUAUUAUUAUUAUUAUUAUUAUUAUUAUUAUUAUUAUUAUUAUUAUUAUUAUUAUUAUUAUUAUUAUUAUUAUUUAUGGUGUUAUAUUAAUUUUCCUUGCAGUCAAAAAAAAUGUCAAAGUGGCUGAACAAAAAAUAUCUGACAGUAAAUCUAAUUUAAAGAGCAUAUAUAUCUAUAUCUAUAUGUGUAUCUAUUUAAAUUACAAAUGCAUAUUUAAUCUUGACAAAUAUUUCAAAUUCUUGCAAAUACACUGAAGGUCAAGUCUUCAUUUCUGUAUGAAAGUGAGACGUCACAUCACCGUUGUUUCCUGUAACGUCAGUGAGCGCUGCCUCAGCGUGUGGAGCUCAGACACAGUGUCACACUGUGAGCUCCACGUUGGUCAUUUAAAUGUUCUGAUGAUGUCCUGAUUAAAGCUUCAGCACUGCGAUGCUCUCAGCUGCUUUAACACACCGUCUGUGGAAACGUCUGAUGUGUGAAAAAAUAAAAAUGAACCAAACUGAA